AUGAAUGAUCGGUUAUGGCUAGCCUUUGCGAUUAAACAUUUAAGAACCCGUUCCUUUGAGAGUGUUCACUAUCUUAGAGAUAGUUCGGCAUCCAAGGGGAUGCCUACCAUUCCUGCAAGAACGCCCACCUGUUCUUCGCUAGAAUACUCACAAAUAACUUUCAUCUUUAUAAAAAUUAUAGAAAAUGGUCCCAAUUUGAAUCUUGAAAAGGAGCGUGAAAUUGGGCCAAACUCUACUAUAAACAGGAAUAGUGUCAACACGCCAUCCAGAUUUUUUGUAAAUGAUGACAAUAAUUUUCUCAGGGCUUGUUACGAAUCCUUAAAAAUAUCAAUCAAUCGUGGCUUAAGCACAGAUAUUCAAAUUAAUUUGAUGCUGAUGACAGAAAUGACCAAAAUGAUAUUUCAUCCAGAUCUGCCAGAUGGGCCAGAAAAGCAAAAAAAACCUCGAAAUGUAAGAUCUGACAGAAAUGCCAGCAAUUGA